AUGCGGUGGAUCAGCAAACCAGCACUCCUUAGGGAGCUCAACCCCCGCUUACUUUUCGUUGGAUGUUUUGUAUCUCUUGGGUCGAUGGGCUUUGGGUUUGACAAUGGCUGGUGGGGAGGUGCGCUGGGGCUGGCACCAUUUGCGCGCAAGUACGGUGCCUACAAUGAGGCAACAGGUACUUACGAUAUCCCCUCCGAGAAGCAAUCGGCAGGUACAGGAACUGGUUCGGCAGGGAUAAUCCUUGGCUGUCUCAUCGCGCCAUGGCUGUGCCAAAAUUUGGGCCGCAAACCAACAUUGUUAGUGAUGGCUAGUUUGCUGGUUGUGGGUAUUGUUCUCGAGGCCUCUGCCAUAACUUCAUUUUGGCAACUUGUCGUUGGUCGUGUUAUUGUUUAUUCAGGUAUCGGGCUAGCAUCAAAUGUAGUUCCGAUGUAUCAGUCGGAAUGUGCACCCGCUAAUAUCAGAGGAGCUUUCUUGACUGCAUACUCUUUUUGGAAUACCUUUGGGGGGUUUCUCGCAGCCCUUGUUAUUUUCCUCUCUCAAUCUCUGACGACCCAAUGGGCAUAUGUAACUGUCAUUCUCUGUCAGCUAUUUGUGCCCAUAGGGGUGCUUCUAUCAUAUCCAUGUCUACCCGAGUCACCACGAUGGCUAGUUUAUCGUGGCCGCUUUGAAGAGGCCGAAGUAGUGAUCAAGGACUUGUAUGGCCCUGAUUACAAUGCAACCGAAGAAGUGCAGCUUCUUCGUCUCCAAAUAGAGGAGCAGCGGGAGCUAAACAAAGCAACAAGUAUCCUCGACUGUUUUCGAGGUCAAAAUCUACGUCGAACGAUCAUUGCUGUCAUGGUCCAGGUCUUGCAGCAGGCCCAAGGAGUGUCUUUCAUCAAUAAUUAUAUCGUGACUUUCAUGGAGCAGUUAGGGUUUGAAAACUCUUUGAGAUGGAAUGUCAUUGUCACUGUUUGCGGCCUGGCUGCUAAUUUUAUAUCAUUUUACACUUUCGACAAAAUCGGAAGGCGAGUCAGCUUGUUUUUUGGUGCAUUUUUGAUGGCUGCCAUGAUGAUGGGUGUCGCCGGCGCUACUAUCCAAGGCACUUCUAGUAUUACAGCAUCUACUAAAAAUGGCUGUGUCGCAAUGCUGAUACUGUGGUAUUGCAUCUUCGGUCUCUCAUGGGGUCCUGGUGUCUGGAUUCUUGGGGGUGAAGUGGGCACUGGGCAGCUGCGUGAACGAACUUUGUUACUUUCUUCACUGGGAAGCUUUGUGACGUCAGUUCCGAUUAACUUCGUCAAUCCUUAUGUACAGGCGGCUAUUGGUGGACAAGUAACUUUCAUAUACGGCAGCUUCUCUGUUGCAGCCAUGGUCUUCGUACAUUUCUGCUUGCCCGAAACGAAGGACCGCUCUCUCGAGGAACUCGAUGAGAUGUUCCAGAACGGUGUCCCAACGCGAAAAUUUGCCUCACAUAUCUGCACGGGCUUAGGUUCACAAAUCAGAAAGUUGGAGAAGGAAGGUGAUGGGGACCUGAAGCAAAAGGAAUCUGUCAUUAGUCACGUUGAAGUUGCUGUGUAG